AGGCCGUAGCCAACUUAGCUCAAGCCUACUGGACGUCGAGCCGCCGCAUUCUCACCUUCGCUCACAGCCGAACGCGUGUGAGCGGGCAAGCCGUCGCUGUCCAAGGGGCGGGCGCCGGUUCAGAUGUCGGCGGUCGGUGCGAUGGCGCAGACGAAGGGGCAGGGGGACUCGAUCGCCCUCGUCAGCACGCCAGUGCGCAUGCGGUCGAAGGGGCGGGGGGACGCGGUUGCCCUCCUCAGCACGGAGCCAUCAUGGUCGGCCGCCAAGGCGGGAGCGCAGAAGGAGUGGCCGCUGUGGCGACUGAGCCUCGUCGCGCUCCCGUGCAUGUCGAUCACGGUCGUGUGGUCGGUCAUCAUGCCGUGCAGCGCCCCCUACCUGGUGGGGCUCGGGAUGAGCCCCGCGUCCGCCACCCUCAACAACAUGGCGGGCCCGAUCUGCGGCUUCUUCACCUGCCCGCUGGUGGGCGCGCUGUCCGACUCGUCGACCUCCGCCUACGGGCGAAGGAGGCCCAUCAUCGUGGCCGCGCUCGGCGCCUUGUGGCUGUCCGGGCUCCUCUUCGCCUCCAGCGCGGCGCUGCUGCCCGCCAGCGCGGCCGCGGGCUUUGCGGCCUGCAUGCUGUGGCUGAUCGACAUCGCGCUCAACGCGCUGCAGACGCCCAUGAGGGUGCUGGUGGCGGACCUCGCGUCGAGCGGUCAGCAGGUGCAGGUGCAGGUGCUGGUCGCCUCCUUCCAGGCGGUCGGCUUCCUGGUGGGCUUCUCCAUCAUGAGGGUCUACGGCGGUGCCGGCGACCUCUCGGAGCACGUUCUCGAGCUCAUGGUCGUGGUGUGCUGCAUCCUCACGGCGGCGGUCACCGUCAUGCUCUGCGUGGCCACGGAGAAGCGGCCAGCGGAGGACGGCGCCGCCAGGCAGUGCAGCCCCGUGUCGGACGUGCUCGAGGCCGUGCGCGGGAGCUCCGCGCUGCUGCGGCACCUGGCCGGCGUGCACUGCCUGGUGUUCGUCGGAGCGACGGUGUGGCUCUCGUACUCCGUGCAGUGGUUCGGCCUCUGCGUGUUCGCGGGCGAUCCCGCCGCGCCCCCGGGCUCCGCGGCCCAUCGCUCGUACGCCUCGGGCCAGGAGGCGUUCGCGUACGGGGGGCAGUGCGGGUCGCUGCUGAAGCUGCUCACGUCCCUGCUCCUCGUCGCCGCCCUCCACCGGACCGCGCUGCCCCCCAAUGGCGCCUACGCCGCCUGCAUCUUCGUCGGGGCGGGCACCAGCUACGCGGCCGCGUUCUUCGUGAAGCACAACGCCACCUUCGCGACGGCCUGCAUGGCGCUGUCGGUGCUGCCCUGCGUCGGCUCGGGGGGUAUCCCCUGGGGCCUCAUCGCCGCCAGCAACAAGGCCGCCGAGGAGCAGGGGCUCCCCGUCAGCACCGCGCUGCAGAUGGCCCUGCUGAACUGCGGCCUCGUGAUCGGCCAGCAGCUCACCCACCUGACGCUCGCGGCGCUGGAGAGCUUCGUGGCGCCCACGCUGGCGCUCCCCACGAUGAUGGCCGCCGGCGCGGUGGCGCUGACCACGGCGGGCGCCGGCGCGCUCCUGCUCCCGAGCGGCGCCGAGGAGUGCGGCGCGCUGGGCGCGGGCGGGCGCGCUGGCGGAGCGGACCUGGAGCGCAACGGCGCCGACCUCUGACGCCCAGGAGGGCGCGCGCGAGAGCGCGAGAGCGCCAGAGCGUGAGAGCGCGCAAGGUCGGGGCGGGCACGGCGCCCCUGCCGCAGGGCGGCAGGCCACGCUCGGGGCAGCGCACCACGUUCCCCCUCUCAAAGACGAGGAGAGGAGGAGGACGACGACGAGGAGGAGGCGGAGGAGGAGGA